GGGCGGCGGGGGAAGGAGGAGAGGCGUGUCUCGGCCAAUGGGGGACUCGGGCGUCGUGUGAACGGGGCGGGAGGCUUUGCCCGUAUAUGGCAGAGGAGGAGGAGGAGGAGGCGCGGCUUGGGACGAGGCUGCUCUCGGGGGCAGCCGCUCCCUUCGGCUCCCAGCUGCGAUUCCGGGGCUGCCGAAGGGGAGACGCGGGUUUCUCCUCCUCCCGGGCCGGAUUGGUUUCAAGCCGGCAGAAGCCGCUGCCAUGAUUUCCCGCAGGUGGUUCCAUCCAAACAUCAGCGGGAUUGAAGCAGAAAAGCUGCUCCUAACCAGAGGCAUCCAUGGGAGUUUUUUGGCCCGCCCGAGUAAAAGCAACCCCGGAGACUUCACCUUAUCGGUCAGGAGAAACGAUGAAGUGACCCACAUCAAAAUCCAAAACACGGGCGAUUAUUACGACCUCUACGGCGGGGAGAAAUUUGCUACUUUGGCUGAGCUGGUUCAGUACUACACUGAGCAGGAGGGCCUUCUGCGCGAGAAGAACAGCAAUACCAUCGAAUUACGAUUCCCGCUCAAUUGCCAGGAUCCCACCUCAGAAAGAUGGUAUCAUGGUCACCUAACCGGCAAGGAAGCCGAGAAACUCCUGACCGACAAGGCCAAACCCGGCAGCUUUUUGGUUCGCAGCAGUCAAAGCAAACCGGGGGAUUUCGUCUUGUCCGUUUUGACGAACGAGGAUAAAGCCGACACGGGAGACCGGAAACCUCGCGUGACCCACAUCAUGAUCCGCUAUCAGCUGGACGGGAAGUAUGACGUGGGCGGAGGAGAGCGAUUCGACACCCUGGCUGACUUGGUGGAUCACUACAAGAAGAAUCCCAUGGUGGAGAAGUCCGGGGUGGUGGUACAUCUGAAGCAGCCUUUCAACGCCACCCGGAUCAUCGCCGCCAACAUUGAAAACCGAGUGAAGGAGCUGAACAAAAUGGCCGACCAGAGUGAGAAGGCGAAGCAAGGAUUCUGGGAGGAAUUUGAGAUGUUACAGCAACAGGAGUGCAAAUUUCUCUAUCCCAGGAAGGAAGGACAGCGAGUGGAGAACAAGGCGAAAAAUCGCUACAAAAAUAUCCUUCCGUUUGACACAACCCGAGUGGCUCUCCGGAACGCCGAUCCCAGAGUCCCGAGUUCCGAUUACAUCAAUGCCAAUUAUAUUAAAAACACUCUGGAAGACGGGUGCAGCGCCGAACACUGCAAAGUCUACAUCGCCACCCAGGGCUGUCUCCAAAGCACCGUCAACGACUUCUGGACCAUGAUCUACCAGGAAAACACCCACAUCAUCGUCAUGACCACCAAGGAGGUGGAGCGAGGCAGGAACAAGUGUUUUCGCUACUGGCCGGAUCAAAACUGUACGAAGGAGUUCGGUCCCAUCGGCGUGCAGAAUAUCGGGGAGCGCGAAUGUCAGGGCUACUACAUCCGGGAUUUACAGAUUGCACGGAUAGACAGGGAGGAGCGGCCCAGAAACAUUAAGCACUUCCAAUAUUUCAGCUGGCCUGAUCAUGGCGUCCCUAACGAACCGGGCGGCGUCCUCAGCUUUUUGGACCAAAUCAACAAGGCUCACAGAAGUAUUCCAGAGUCGGGACCAAUUGUGGUGCAUUGCAGUGCCGGGAUAGGCCGAACGGGCACCAUCAUUGUAAUAGACAUGCUGGUGGAUACCAUUCACCGACAAGGUUUGGAUUGCGACAUCGACAUCCCGAAGACGAUCCAGAUGGUCCGGAGGCAGAGGUCGGGCAUGGUGCAAACAGAAGCCCAGUACAAAUUCGUCUACAUGGCUGUGCAGCAGUUCAUCGCAACGCAGCAGAAGGAGCUAGAAGAGGAACAGAGAUGCCUACGGAAGGACACGGGUUAUUUAAAUAUCCGAUACUUGCCGAUGGAAAAACCCAGAGCCAAAACUCGCCCUCCUUCGCCUCGGCUCCAGAUCGGGGUAGCCGACGAGGAAACGACCUCCGUCUACGAAAACCUGAGUAUCAAAACCGCCAAGGUGUCAGGAUUCACUAACUCAGGAAGAUAGUAGCUAUAGAACAGGAUAGAGAACAGGUGGCUUAUAAAAUAGCUCUCCGCAUUCGUACAUUGGGAACAGGCCCCCGCUGUUUUUCUGCCUCACUGAUGUCAGAUUCUGGAGGCAGCAAAGAACUAUCAGAUGGCCCUGGCCCUCUCUCUGCCUCCGACUCAGAGCCCUCGUCCGAGCCUUCCCCAGACUCCAGGACUGGCCCAUGUUCCUCCCCAACCUCCUCACUGUCUGAAUCUCCUGCCAGCUCUGCGGGCCAAUGGCGGGCCACAACAGAUAUGAUGCAGUUUCCAUGUUUUCAUUCCCACUGGAUUUUCCAUGCCAAAUGCAACCUUAAGCCUCUGUCUCGCAAGACCACUCGUUGGUCUAAUUCAGUGGAUUUCAACCUGGGCCACUCUAAGAGAAGGGUGGAUUUUCCACUCCCAGAAUUCUUCCACUGACCUGCUGAUUGGGGAAUCCUAGACGUUUCUGACUAGGGAAUUCUGGGAAUCAAAGUCCACCCAACUUAAAAAGUUGUCUAGCCGGAAAAACACUGGUUUAAUUUAUGCAAGGGGUAAGAAAUAAUUCCUUUUCUUGCUACGCUGUAUUUAUCCACAAGUGCCUCUGAUUUUCUGUAACAGAGGCUACAAAUUGGAGGUUAUGUAUGUGUGUGUGUGUGUAUAUAUAU